UUUCGCCGUGUAUCCUCUUUCCCCCCUCAGCAGUGACAAAGACAGGGCCUCCUCAGUGGUCACAGCACCCUCUGCAGGUGUGGAGGAGGAGACCACCAGUAGCUUUAUCCAGCUAAGCGAGGGAAAUGGGAACAGCAGCGCUUCUAGUCUGGGAUUGGCAGACCUGGAGGGCUUUCUAGACUACACCAUCUCCAGCAACCUAAUCAGCGAGGACAGAGAGAGGAAGGCAUCUCACUGUCAGGAUCAGACGGACGGAGUGACGUCGGGUCUGUCCACAGCGGGCAGCAGCUGUCAGCGCGAGCUCCUGGUGCUGAACUUUGACGUGGAUUCGGAGUGUGUGGAUGGAGAACUGAGAGCGGCGCUGCAGUGGAUCGCUGCGUCUGAGCUCGGCGUUUCUGCGCUCUACUUCAGAAGGACUCAGGAGCACAAUCUCACUAAGGUGAGGACAAAUGGAGGUUGUGCUUUUGUUAGAAUAACUAACCAGGUCCGAGCAGAAUCUGCACCCAUAGAACUACACAGAUUUCAGCACUUGUCAUUCAGAAAGUUCUCCAGUCUAUCCAUGUUUAAAUAUUUUGCAGAAUUUGAUUAUAGUGUCAGCUAGCAAUAACAGUCUAGUAGUCUGAGCCAUUAUUCUCAUUUUACUGAUGAAAACAUACAACAUUAAUGCAUUAUGGUCAUGUGACUACAGUGUUGCGUUUUACAAUUUAAAAACAUUUAAACAGUGCACAUAAUACUGUUUUUCGAGAAAACCAGAUGAAGUGUAGUAUGGAGGCAGUGUUUUGAGCCCUGCAAAGGAAAGAGCCCUUCAGCAAGGCUCCAGCAAGUCCUAAAUCCUGAAAAAGAAAUAGCAUGGAUUCUCUCUGGAAUUUCUAAUGCUUUCUUUUAUUAUUAUUUUUAAAUAACUUGAGGAGUCUUUAACAUUUGUGUUUUUUUUUUACACACACUCGUGCCUCAAACAUGAAUUCUGAAACAGUAGAUUAAAAAAUAAACAGUUGUUAAUCAUUUAUAGCUUAUAUAUGCAAUAAAUAAACCAAUGCACUUACCAAUGCAUUUUUAAUAGAUUUCUAGGAAAUCAAGAACAAGAAUGGGAUGAAAUUAUUGGUGUCCUUUUUGAAAACCUAGAAGAGUGGAAGCUGCUAUAGCUGUAAAGAGGGAUCAACUCAAACAAAUGUCUAUGUAUUUAGAGUGUGAUGUUGUUAAAGGGGACUUUGGAUGCCAAUUUUACAUAAAUUGGUAUGAUUCUUUAGGGUCUUCAUGAAAUGUCUGCAACAUACUUUGGUUAAAAUUCCUCAAUGGUCUUGUAAAACAUCAUGCUUUUUAACCCAUCAAAAACAGAUCUGUUAAAAGUGACUAAUUUGUUUAUUUUCUUCCUUCAUUUGUUCUGCAUGGCUUUGGCAAUUGUACAUAAUUGGUGUUGUUUUGUAUUAUAAAUAUGCAUAUAUGUUAGUGUUACAAUAAUACUGCAUAACAAGACUGAAGUGUGCAUUUUAAACUGGAACAAAAAAGAAUAUUGGUAUAAAAGGGUUAUUAUUAACUAACACUAAAACCUUGAAUAAGCAUUUUCAUUUAAACUGAAAUAAAAAAUUGAAUUUUUGUUUCAUGUUUACCUACACAAUAGAUAUUUUUAGAUGGAUAAAAACACAACAAAACAUCAAUAUUUAAACUAAAAUAAAGUGAAAAAUCUAAUCUAAUUCAAAAUAUUUUAAAAAGCUAGAGUAGUAUAUCAAUGAUAGUAAAUGAAGAGCACUGACUGCUGAUAAAGAACUGAAGAGUGUGUUUGUUUCUCAGCUCCACAGAGUGGUGCAGUUGGCAGGUCAGAAGGCUUGGCGUGUUGGAGACUUGUUCAGCGCUGUGGCUCAGUUCUGUCAGCUCCACCAGGACCUGGAGCACAGAGGACGACCCGUGCCCAGCCUGUUCGACUGGAUACUGAAGACCAAGCGCUAGAGCGGAACAGGAGCUGGAGACGCCACAUAUCCGCCCUGAGCUAGCACAUGUGAAACCACCAAACACAAAUCCCAUUUGAGCCGCUAAUACACCUUUAUAGACUCAUAGAUCCCACAGACUCAUCCUCAUCCACAGCCACCACCAUGACUGUACAUCAGCACGUGAAUCUCUGUUUAUCACAGGGUAGCAAGGUUUACAAGACACUCGCACGCAGUAACUGCUCCCAAUACCAAGAUCCUUAGCAUGAGGCUUCCUUAGUACCAAACUUGUCCUCUCGAACCACCAGCACAUCCACAUUUGAAAUCCUUAAGAGUCACAGCUUGCACAAACCUUUAUUCCAUCAUCUCUGUCACACUUGUAUAUGUCUUUGCUAGAUCACAGGAAUUAUGGGAUAUACUAUCGGAAGUAAUGAGUUAUCCAUAAAUAUGUGCUAGAGAUGCACAUUCACAGAGAUUGUGAUUUAAGGAUAUUUCCCUUUAAAUGACGCAUGUUCCUGUCUUUUACGCGCACGCAACAUUAGAUCCACCGGUCACCAGCCAGCACUGGUUAGAGGAACAUGCUUUAAACCGACCAAUCAGCCUUGACGUUUUGUAGCUUGCAAAUUUUUACUGUACUGUACAACAAACCCGUUUCAAAUGCACAACGUGACUUUUUAUCCAAAAUAAAACAGACGUGCGAGCUCUGGCGUAGGGAUUUAGAGAUACUUCAGUGUUUGUAUUUAAAGUGUGUAAUAUAGUUGAGAUCCCAUUCCAAACACACUUUGUUGUUUUAAGUUUACAUUGGCGAAUGCGUUCUGCCAUUUUAUUGUACCUCUGAGACUGAAUUGUUUGUUUAGUUUUGUGUGACUACUGUUAUUUAAGAGAUUUUAUUUUGGCUAGAUGUAAAUAGUUUAGACUGUGAGCUACUGUGUCUUUGGGCAAUGUAAAUUUCAGUUUUUUUGUUUUAAGAUCGCAAAGACUCAGACAGACGGGAUAACAGCACUAGUCUGACCAGACUACUGUAAAAGUAUGAAUAUGAACGUAAAUUUAAAGUACAAGUACAGUUUUGUCACGUAAAAGUUGACGUGUAAACGUGAAAUCUGGUGGCGUUAUGGUUUUCUCUGCAUAGUUACAUAAUAGUAAUGUGUUUUAAUAUCAGCGUUGAAGGCACACAACUGUAUCCAGUCUGUCACAGUAUGCCUGAAUGUAUUUAUCUUUUCAAAAUAAAAUUUGCGUAUGGUGA